CAAUUAAUAGUGCUUACCACAACAAAACGACAUUGUCAGUUGUUUGUGGUUUACCAACAAUAAUAAGCACUUGCUUUAUAAUUAGUAAUUAUAUAUAUUAGGUAUUUUUAGAUACACUAGAUACUUCUGUGCCUACAAUUCGAGUACAAGAAUAAAAUGCACCUAAACAAAAUAAAAAUUCUACUUAUAGGACCAUCCGGCAGUGGCAAGACUUCAAUAGCUAAUUUCAUAUCCGAAUCAAUGAAUAUUGAAGAAGCAGGUCCACCAAAGCCAACUCAAGGUGUUCGUAUUGUGGAGUUUGAACUGUCAAACAUUAAUGUCAAUGACAAGGUUUAUAACAAUGACAUAGAAUUGUGGGACUGCAGUGGAGAUCACAGAUUUGAAUCAUGCUGGCCGGCACUUCGUGUGGGGGUACAAGGAGUCAUACUGAUAUGUUCGCCCAGUACUGCAAACGCUGCUACCAGAGAAAUGGAACUUCUGUACAACUACUUCGUUUCGCAGCCUAAGCUCACCACAAAACAAUGCGUCCUGUUUUAUAAUUGUACAGAUGAACAAGAUGACUUGGAAUCUUUAAACCUUUCUCCCACUUUCUCGAAGGUAUCACAAGUCGCAAUAAACCUGAAGACUGGAGGUAAUCGUUUAAAAAUAGAUUUUUCAAACUUUGUCGUCUCGAUUUUACAAUCAAUAAACAGAUCUAAUUAGA